UACAGGGAGGUCUGUCCGUGUAAUAUAACGCUGCCUCGCCCCCUCCCCUUCUGCAGCGAGCGACCAAUUCUUCCCCUCGAGCCAACCCAGACCGGAGAGUGUAUGCACACACACAGCUCCAGCCUCCUCUCCCUCCCCUUGUCUAACAGCCUCCCCGAACCCUCUGUUUCCACUCUGUCUUGCAAAGGGAGCGACUCAGAUGCACAGAAACCGUUUGACAUAUCACCCUGUCUCUAACUUAAAAAGCGAUUUGGAUCUCCCAGCUGCCGCGUGUCUCUCUCUCCCUUCCUCGCUGUUUCACACUGCAGUUACUAUUUGCCACAUCCAACUCCUGACAAAGCAACCGGUGAAACUCCAAGGAAAGUUGCUGAAGCUAGUCCCCGGGCAAUGUGAUCAGUCAACGCAGCCUCUCUCUGUUCUGCUACUAUGAGGGAAACAAGGAAGGAGCCUGUGUCCCAGUCGAGGUGGUUUUCUUGAAAAUUAGAGCCUGCCCUGCAGUUCGUUUCGCCGCUUGAAUCUAAAACGGGGGCGGCGAAGUUGUGUGUGUGCACCCAGGCAUAUCCAGCGCUGCUCGACAUCCGAGAAGUUAAUGAUUCUCUUUCAUCUGUAUACAAAAACCAUUGACUCCGAACUGACCCAGUCGCAUCUUUGCACACAACUGCAGGCUACCAUCCACAGCGAAACACAAGAAUGAGCCAGAAUUGUAUGUAACACUUUUUAAAAAGCACCCGACUUGAUGAAACGCUCGUCGUUUGUCGAAGCUACAACACGAAGAUAAUCCCGGAGGAAAGCUACGUUGAUUGUACAGCACUCGAAGAGCUUACAGCAUACAGCGCCGUCUCUCCGCACCAUUCCUAAUCCGGUAACUCUUACUGAAGGAAGGCAAUGAUGUGUGAGGCAUCAUCCCACCUGAUCCCCGUGGUAACUCUCUCCAUUGUACUGAUGUUGUCUCUGGGCUAUCCAAGCUUCACCCUCUCCUGCCCACAACCCUGUGCCUGCUACUUUUCCACGGAAGUCCACUGCACUUUUCGAUCUCUGACAGCUGUGCCAUCUGGAAUACCGAAGCUGGUGGAGAGGAUCAAUUUUGGCUUCAACAACAUCCAGAGCGUGCGCAAGGAAUUCUUCGAUGGUCUGCAGCGACUGGAACUUCUGAUGCUUCACGGCAAUGACAUUCAAAAUCUUCCAGAUAAAGUCUUCAAAAACCUGAGUUCACUGCAGGCGCUGAAAAUGAGCUACAAUAAAAUGACUGCCAUAACGGGAACCACGUUCCAGGGACUGGUGAAUCUGCAAAGGUUGCACUUGGAUCACAACAAGAUAGUGUUCAUUCAGCCCGGCGCGUUCUACGGGAUGACCUCCCUGGCCCUUGUUCACCUGGAAGGGAACCAAUUGCAACAGAUCCAUCCCAACACCUUUGUGACCUUCUCAUUCUUCCAGCAUUUUAAGUUCUCGUCGAUAAAGCACCUCUACCUGGCUGAUAAUUCCAUCCACACGCUACCCGGGAAAAUGCUGAGUCAGCUGCUACAGCUGGACAGCAUCUACCUACACGACAACCCGUGGAGAUGUGACUGCAGACUACAGUGGCUGCUGAACUGGGGGAAGGAGGCUGGAGAUGUGGUGAAGUGCAAGAAGGAUCGCUCUAAUCCCCGAGGCCGGGUGUGCCCCGUGUGCUCCGACCCCAAGCUGCUGAGCAAGCGGGAGCUGUUCACCAUGAGCUCCAACGAAAUGGCCUGCGCCAAGCCGACCAUCAAAUCCUCGCUGACUAAGAAUCGCGGGGACGAGUGGGAAGCGGACGAUGGGGAAGACUUUUGGCCGGAAGAGCACCAGAAACCUCUCGGGCGGAUGACCCUGAACUUAACCGACCAGCACGGCAACCAAAACGACGUGUCUUGCCAGGUCCACGGUCUGCGAAGUGACAGGCACAAGCAGUUUGGCCGACUGAGCGACCAGGACAUUGGAGUGAACGUCAGCUGUGCCGUGCAACUCACCUGCUCCAUGAACCAGGACAGCAUGGAGAAGCUCUGGAAACUCAUCGCCUACUACAGCGAAACCCCGGUGAAAUUGAAGAAGACCCUGGUGGUGUCGAACGGGCCCCCGUGCUUCGAAUACAGGCAGGCAGUGGACAAUAGUUCCUACUACUACACCGACGUGAGGGCCAAUAUCACAGCUGUUCCCUCUUGGUUAAUGCAAGAUGAUGUCAAUAUCAAAUUGGACAGGAAGCUGACCAUCGCCAACAACGUGGUACUGGAGUUCUCCCUGCAGCUGUCCCAACAGAUUUCAGUGCUGAACGCCACCAAGGAGAAGAUCAACUGGGUGUUGAUCAAAACGAACGGCAGGACUAGGAUGGUCCACGUGUUGGUCACGGGGAAUAUGUUGCAGAUCAAGUGCCAGGUGAUCGCGUCUGAGAGGCCGUCUAUCAGGUGGGUUCUCCCCGGCGGGAGCCAGGUGACUGCACCCUACACCAGCGAGGACAACCGCGUGUCCGUGUCCAACACGGGCCGGUUGGUGGUGAAGGCGGUGGAGGUCCACGACUCGGGCUUGUACCAGUGUGCGGCAGCAGUGAAGGAGGACACGGACACGGUCACCUACAGGGUGAUCGUACAGCCGGCGCAAGUGGACGCGUCUCAGGUGGGCGACAAGGGCAUCACGGUGCCCUACGGCGACACCAUCUCCCUCCCCUGCGCGGCCAACUCCAUACCGGACGCCCAACUGAGCUGGAUCCUGCCCAACAACAGUGUGCUCAUCUCACCGAAGAUCUCCAAGGCCGGCUCGGUCAUGGCCAACGGGACCCUGGUCAUCGCCGGCGGCCACGACGGCAACAGCGGCCACUACAGAUGCGUGGCCGCCAACAGGUACGGGUUGGAUGUGUUGACCGUCAACGUGGCCGUCAUCAAGAAGCUGCCCAGCCAGAACAAGGUGAAGAAGGUGAAACCUUCUCCCAAGUUCUACUUCAAGCCCGGCUUUCAGAAGGAAACGGAGCAGGCGGAGGUGGGAUCGGGUUACGAGGCGCCGUUCCAGAGUCAGGGCCAGGUCACCUUCGACUCGUACACGGGCAGGCCGUUCAGCAGGAGGAGGAAGCUCCACGCCGAUGGAGCCCACCACAACCACAGAUCGGACCACGCCAGGGGCGUGCAUCUGAGGAGGAGAGGCAUGAAGAGGGGCCGCGGGAUGUUGGCGGCAGAGGGGAGGAGGCGACUGGACUCCCACCGGCGGAUCAACGUGAGCAAUAGGAAGAUCGACCCGCGCAAGUGGGCUGAUAUCCUGGCCAAGGUGAGGGGCAAGUCGGCCCCCAAGAUGGUGGCGCCCACACCCACUGGCCAACCCCACCCGGCCCCAGUGGAGACCACCGACCCCAUCGACGACCUCGACGAGGAAGACUCGUCGGGCAACGGGGAUCUGAAUUUCACGGCGGACGAGUUAAUCCACGUGAGCACGCCCACGGCCCGCCUCGAUGUCCAAACACCGCCGGCUCAGAUACGACCAGAGGGCACUUCGGAACAGUGGUGGGCCGCAUCUAGUGCUGCCCCAGCGCCAACGCCAGAGCCAGAGUCCGCUUCCGAGCCGCCCAGCGAAGACCCCGAGAUGUUGAGUACGGCAGCCACUCCUCACCCACCGGUCGAGAUACACCCUAGCGAAGCCACAGGGUUGUUCAUCAACUUCAACCUGACCCUCGGGGAAGUUGGGUUUGACACCAAGCAAGGGUUUCUUCACAAACUGAACGGGGAUGAGUACAUCGUGAAGAGUUGGGUGGCCAAGAGUCUGGACCACCCCGUCAGGACUAUACUUGACACCCCGGCUGUGACUGGUGGGAAGGACGCUACUCCAUCCAUCAGGGAGAACCUCAGUGUGACGAACAACGUCACUGCAGCGGUGGUCACUCCCGAAGAAGCGAGCACAGUGGCCAACGCCUUGACCAGCACUGUCGCGCCGUCUACGACCACCACGGCUGGUACGACCACCACGGCUGGUACGACCACCACGGCUGGUACGGCCAUCACGCCCACCAGCACUGUCGCGCCGUCUACGACCUCCACGGCUGGUACGACCACCACGGCUCCUACGACCACCACGGCUCCUACGACCACCGCGCCUCGCACGACCACCGCUCCCACCAGCACUGUCGCGCCGUCUACGACCACCACGGCUGGUACGACCACCGCGCCUCGCAUGACCACCGCUCCCAACAGCACUGAUCACGUUGGAACAACUCCGGCCACUGUCCCCACCUCAUCGGCCGGAGCAUCUACAGCGAGGUCGUUGGGGUCCAACGCUGCGACAACGCCGACGACCACCACGACAACGGCGACCACCACGCAAACUGCGCCCACCACGCAAACGGCGCCCACCACGACCACUACUGCCGCCAACUCCAACGCACAGAUGCCGGAGAGAAGACGUCUGCCUCUUCGGAGGUACGGCAAGAGAAGGCGCCCAGGCAGGAGGUAUCGACUCCAGAGAUUUAGGCAGAGCUUACAACCGAAGGCCAAGGCCAACGUGACAUCAACGGCUGGCCCGGCUGUGAGAGCGGCUCCGACCAGGAAGGUCAAGGCUACGACAGGAGACGAGUCCGUCCCGACGUCGUACCACAAGGUCGCCGCGCAGCGACUGACCACCGAGCAACCGGCCAAGGUCCCGGCCGCUGUCAAGCCCGGACGCCCAGGCAAGCCCCCGACCUCGCCUUCCCGUCCCGCGAUGCCGGGGCCCAACCCACCUCCAACCGCGCAGACCCCCAAAGCCGCCAACCCCACGCACCACCUCCACCUGUCCAAGACUCUGCUCAUCCAAAGCCACUACGAACUGCGCUACGGCCCGAAAUACACGGCCACCACGUCCCCCGCGUCACCUCUGGUCACCAAGCCCACUGCUAGACCACCAGCUUCCCCAGGGUGGAGUCACGUAGCAGCCUCAAGCGCAGCAACCACAGCCGUGGGCGGCCCCGUUAGACCUAAAGGUGCAGAAGACAGCGGGAAAUCACCAGGCGUGAACCCAAGUCCACCUAUCCCAAUUACAGAACGUCCCAUGACCACAAGAGUCCCAUUCACGUCCAACUCCGCGACAACUCACAUUGUAGCAUCAACCACUGCCCCUAAUAUAAAGGGCUCAAGGAGCACUCCAGCACCGAGUACUGUGGUCAAAGUGCCAACGCCAAUAGUUCUACAGCAUUACAGUGUGGCAUCAACCACUGCCUCUAAUAUAAAGCUAUCAAGGAGCACUCCAGCACCGAGUACUGUGGUCAAAGUGCCAACUACACCAGUGUUGCAGCAUAACAGUGUGGCAUCAAUCAUUGCUUCUAUUAUAAAGGUACCAAGGAGCACUCCAGCUCCGAGCAUCGUGUUCAAAGUGCCAACGCCAACAGUACUGGAGCAUUACAGAACAGCAUCAACCACUGCUUCUAAUAUAAAGGUACAAAGGAGCACUCCAGCACCGAGUACUGUGGUCAAAGUGCCAACUGCAACAGCUUUGGGGACGAGUCCUCAAUCACCAGCGCUACCUCCCACUGGUGGGAAUUCUGGAGCUCAGGACCACAGAGUUGAUGUCCCAGCAAGAAUACCUCCCUUUUCUCAUGGCAAUACUCUUGCUUCGCUGCCCGCCGCCGCCGUUGUGAGCAAGGGGUCGGGGAAGGAGAAUUUCGUCCCGGGAAGGCCUCCGACUGUUGGAACCCCGGCCACCGUUCCUGCUUUGGUCUCCCACCCUGCCUCAACGGAGGGCAAAUCAACUCCGUCUCCCACCGUUAAACCGGGUGGAGUUACCUCUGAGGGACAAACUCCUCCCUCGACCAUUCAGCUGGGCAUCGGGAAGAAGGAGGGGGAAGGAGGGAGGAUGGAGGGGGUGGAAACGCUGGAGAGUAAUGCUGUGCCCCAGAGGAUCUUUCCCAAACACUACACCAAGGGCUGGCAGCGGCUCCAGGGAAAACAAACCCUGCCAGUCAGCAACUCCACAUGGGCUGCAAAUGGUGGAUGGGUCCGGCUCCGGACGGUGCCCGUGUCCACCACGGACGCACGCCGCAAAUCGCCCAAAUACGUGCGUGUGGAAAUGACACAAAAACAUCUCGUCCCAACAGCGAUGGACAGACCUUCUCCCUCCACCACCGGAGAGUCUGUGGUGAAUAGCAGACAGAUGUUUCCCCAUGCAUUUGCCCCGAAGAUGCUGCCGGACACGUCUAAGCCCGGAGAGACGUUCCCCAACUCCCCCGCGACCACCUCGGUAACACCGGUGAGAACCAUCCCAGUGGUAUUCAACAAAGCCGGCAAUAAGAUGGUCCCCGAUCCAGGCAGCAUCUCAAGGGCUAAUAAGAAAAUGAACCACAUCCCACCCUUGAAGGUCGUCCAAAGGUCCAAAAUGAACCGGGGCAACCCAAAGUUCAAUUACAUGCAGAUUCCCGUGCAGUUUACCAAUGUCAAAGGCUUAGCCACCACCUCCAAGGUGGCCGGUGAACCGCUGGCUGCACCCACCGAGACAACAACACCCACCCCGGCCACCACCGGACAACCGUUUAGUAACGCUUUGGUGAACAGAAGGGGCUAUUACUCGCUGGUCUCCAGCAAGGUGGACAAAGGCUCGGCCGGCGUGACUCUGCCAACUCCCAGCUUCAGAGCCACAAAAACCAACCCGAAAAUACUCACCAGUAACUCCCUGACCGUGUCGGUGAAAGCUGAGAUGGAUGCAUAUCUUCCCUGUGAAACGAGUGGGGAACCCAAACCUGUUAUUACUUGGUCAAAGAUAUCAACAGGUGCAGUGGUGGACGCAAGCAGUAAAUCCAGGAGGUUUGAAGUCCUGCCCAGCGGGACGCUCGGCAUCCACAGCGCAGAGGUGCAGGACCGCGGGCAGUACAUGUGCGAGGCGCAGAACGCCCACGGGAUGGACCGGAUCCUGGUCACGCUGGUGGUGCUGGCCCAGCAGCCGCGGAUCGCCGGUGCCCGUUACCGGGAGGCCACCAUCUACCUGGGCGAACCCUUCGCGGCCGACUGCCGGGCGCAGGGGAUGCCCGCGCCGCAGGUGGCGUGGAUCCUGCCGGGUCGGGGGAUGCUGCGGGCGCCGGGCGACUCCGGGCGCAGGGUCACCCUCUCCGCCAACGGAACCCUGGCCAUCCGGCAGACCGUCUUCUCCGACCGGGGGGUGUACAAGUGCGUGGCGGGCAACGCGGUGGGGGCGGACACGGUGACCGUCCGGCUCCACGUCCUGGCCCUGCCGCCCCGCAUCCUGGAGCAGCGGUCGGAGAACGUCUCGGCGGCGGCGGGCAAGGGGGUCCACGCCCACUGCACCGCCCGUGCUGCCCCCCCCGCCAACAUACGCUGGGUCCUGUCCGACGGCAUGCAGAUCCGGCCCUCCCAGUUCAUCAACGGCAACCUCUUCGUCUUCCCCAACGGGACGCUGUACGUGCGCAGCCUGUCCGCCCGCGAGGUGGGCACCUACGAGUGCCUGGCCACCAACGUGGUGGGCAUUGCCAGGAGGACGGUGGGCAUCUCCAUCCACAGGACUCCGGCCGUGGCCAAGAUCACACCCUUGUCCCCCCGCAAGGUGGACAUCGCCUACGGCAGCCUCCUGCAAUUGGACUGCCAGACUGCAGGAGAGCCAGGGCCUAGGGUGCUCUGGAGACUGCCUUCCAAAGUGCUGGUGGACUCGCGGUACAGCUACAGCAAGAGGAUCAAAGUGCACGACAACGGGACCCUUGUGAUUCUCUCGGUGAUGGAGGGUGAUGCGGGGGACUACCUGUGCGUGGCCAGGAACAGCAAGGGGGAUGAUUUCAUGGUGCUGGAGGUCCACGUGAUGAUGAAGCCGGCCAGGAUUGAACACAAGCAAGAGGGCAACCACAAGGUGAUGUCCGGCAAAGACCUCAAGGUGGACUGCGUGGCCUCGGGGCUGCCGGACCCGGAGAUCUCCUGGGCUUUGCCCGACGGCACCAUGGUCAACCAAGCCUUGCAGUCAGACGACAGCGGGGCGAGGACGCGCCGGUACACCGUCUUCGGCAACGGCACCCUGUACUUCAACGAGGUCGGCCUGAAGGACGAAGGCGAUUACACCUGCUACGCGGUCAACCGGGUCGGCAAGGACGAGAUGAGGGUCAAGGUGAAGGUGUUGGCGGAGCCGCCGGCCUUCAGGGACCACUCGCCCGCGCUGGUGGAGGUGGCGCACGGCGACUCGGUCUCUAUCAGGUGCCAAGCCAAGGGCGAGCCCACCCCUCGCAUCGCCUGGCGCUCCCCGGCCAACAGGCUGAUCUCGCCGUCCUCCAAGUACCAGCUCAGCAGCGACGGCACCCUGCUGAUCCAGAAGGUGCAGAGGGCGGACAGCGGAAACUACACGUGUACGGCCAGCAACGCGGUUGGGGAGAGCGCCAGGGUCAUCGCCCUGAGAGUGGUGGUCGAAGCGCCCAGCAUCAACGGGCAGAAGAGCACCAACACAGUGGUGAAGGAGACGGCUACCAGGGAGAGCCGCAAACUCAUUGACUGCCGGGUUGAAGGGGUACCGACUCCACGGAUUAUGUGGGUGUUACACGAGAAUGUUAUCCUGACCGCACCUUAUUAUGGAGACAGGAUCAAGGUGCAUCAGAACGGCACCCUGGACAUCAAGAGCCUGAAGCAGUCAGACGGCAUCCAGUUUUUGUGUAUCGCCCACAAUGAAGGAGGAGAGGCGAGGCUCACCGUGCAACUGGAGAUGAGGAAUGACUUAGAGAAGCCCUCGUUCACAAACCCGCUUAGCGCAGGAGUGGUCGUGGUGAUUGGCAAAGGCGUCGACCUCAACUGCUCCACCAAGGGCAACCCGACCCCGGAGGUGACCUGGGUGUUGCCCAGCGGCAAGAGGCUGCUGAGCGGGCAGCAGCUGCCCAGGAUGUCCCACGGGCGCGACGGCACGCUGCACAUCAACGGCCCCACCGCCGCCGAGGCCGGCGCUUACCGCUGCAUCGCCCGCAACACGCUGGGCUCGGUGGAGAGGCUGGUCACCCUGGAGAUCAGCCGCAAGCCGGAGAUCCAGAGUGGCUACACCAGCCUUGUCAAGAUCCUGCCCGGCGAGAGCAUGCGCCUCGACUGCCUGGUCAGCGGCGGCUCGCCGUCCCCCACCCCGCGGCUCUCGUGGGUUUUGCCCGGAGGCACGGUCUUGAGCAAACCGCAGACCCUCGGGCGUUUCUCCCUCCUGCUCAACGGGAGCCUGUGGGUACGCCAGGCGUCAGUGUACGACCGGGGCACCUACUCAUGCCGGGCGACCAGCGAGCUGGGCACCACCCUGACCAGCGUGGCGGUGAUAGUCAUCUCCUACCCUCCCCGAAUCACCAGCGGACCCGCGCCCGUCACCUACGCCCGGCACGGCGCCUCGGUGCAGCUCAACUGCAUGGCUUUGGCGAUACCCAGAGCUGAGAUCUCUUGGGAGCUGCCCGACCGCUCGCGUCUCAUCACCACCGCGUCUCAAGCCCGGCUCAUCGGCAACAAGUUCCUCCACCCACAAGGCUCGCUUGUCCUCCAGAACCCCACCAACAGGGACACUGGCUUCUACAAAUGCACCGCGCGCAACUUGCUGGGCACUGACUCCAAAACCACCUACGUGCAUGUUUACUAAAGGAACACAAAAACAUAGAAAACAGGCGCUGGAGUAGGCCAUUCGGCCCUUCGAGCCAGCACGGCCAUUCAAUAUGAUCAUGGCUGAUCAUCCAGAAUCAGUACCCCGUUCCUGCUUUCUCCCCAUAUCUCUUGAUUCUGUUAGCCCUAAGAGCUAAAUUCUAACUCUCUCUUGAAUACAUCCAGUGAAUUGGCCUCCACUAGCUUCUGUGGCAGAGAAUUCCACAGACUCACAACUCUCUGGGUGAAUGAAACUGAUAUCUUGAGACAACAAGACAUGUGGAUGAUCAGCCAUGAUCGCAUUGAAUGGCGGUGCUGGCACGAAGGGCCGAAUGGCCUACUCCUGCACCUAUUGUCUAUGUAUCUAUGUUACAACAGAACAGGCACAUUUGGGGAGACAUGGUGGCACAGCGACAGAAUUUCUGCCUUAAUGCGGCAGAGACCCAGGUUCGAUCCCGACUACGGGUGCUGUCUGUACAGAGUUUGUGCAUUCUCCCCGUGACCUGCGUGGGUUUUCUCCGGGUGCUCCUGUUUCCUCCCACACUCCAAAGACGUACAGGUUUUGAAGGAUAAGGAUUUGUAAAUGAAACACAAAGCUCUAGGGAGACUCGCCCACUGUGAGAUGUUUUUUUGUUGAAGGCAGAGAUAGGGUAGUUUGUCGAUUAAUACAGGGUGUCAUGAGGGGUUAUGGCGGGAAAGGCUGGAGAAUGGGGGUUAGGAGGGAGAUAUAGAUAAGCCACGAUUGAAUGGCGGAGUAGACGCGAUGGGCCGAAUGGCCUAAUUCUACUAUUUCCAUUAUGAACAUUAUGACUUGGCCGGUGUAGUUUAGAGGCACAGACACGGCAUGGAAACAGAUCCCCUUCGACCCACCCAGUCCCCACCGACCGAUGAGCAGCCCGUACUCUUAUAGAAACUUACACAAUUCUUAAGGGGUUGGACAGGCUAGAUACAGGACGAUUGUUCCCGACGUUGGGGAAGUCCAGAACAAGGGGUCACAGUUUAAGGAUAAGAGGGGAGUCUCUUUCACACAGAGUCUCUUUCACACAGAGAGUGGAAAACCUGUGGAAUUUUCUGCCACAGAAAGUAGUUGAAGCCACAGUUCAUUGGCUAUAUUUAAGAGGGAGUUAGAUGUGGCCCUUGUGGCUAAAGGGAUCAGGGUGUAUGGAGAGAAGGCAGGUACAGGAUACUGAGCUGGAUGAUCAGUCAUGAUCAUAUUGAAUGACGGUGCAGGCUCUAAGGGCCGAAUGGCCUACUCCUGCACCUAUUUUUUUUUUCUAUGUACACCAGCAUAAUCCCAAAAAAAGCAGGGCCAAUUUAUAAUUUUACAUUAAUAUGUACAAAAGAGAGAGAGAUUAGACUUGAGAGAUACAGAAGUGAAACAGGCCCUUUGGCCCACCGAGUCCGUGCUAAACCAGCGAUCACACCGUACACUAGCACUAUGCUAUAAUUACCAGCAGCCAAAUAACCUACAAACCUGUACGCCUUUGGAGUGUGGGAGAAAACCGGAGCUCCCAGGAGGAAACCCACGCGGGUCACGGGGAGAACGUACAGACGGCACCCGAGGGCAGGUUCGAACCCGUGUCCCGGGCGCUGUAAGACAGCAACUCUACCGCAAGGAGGUCUACCGCACGGCCACUGUGCCGCCUCUGGUCCCCACCCAAAACGUCACCCAUCCACUCUCUCCACUGAUAUCGCCUGGACCCGUCGAGUUAUUCCAGCACUUUGCCUUUGGUGGAAGAUUCAAGCCCAUUGGCGGUUCCUUGUGUUUCCAUUUUCCUAAAAGGAAUGUUUUAGGAAUAUCAGAUUGUUUCCCAAUGAAAUAACCGAUUACCUGCCUCUCAUUCACAGGUCACACUGUCAGUCGAGAUAUGACUUCAUGAGUUCAAUGGAAAAUGCACAAGAUUUAGCUUUCAUGUUCCUUCAAGUGAUUUCAGUCGGAAAUAUGUUUUAGAUACCAUUUGCACUUACUACCGUAUGCCUUAAAAGAUGGGGCAUGGGAUGGGAAUGUUUGAUUUUAAAAAUCUGUGUAAAAUUAAAAUAUUUGGAUAAUUUCAAGCAUUUGAAUGUCUUCAGCUCCACAGCCUUAGAAGUAUCAGUCGACAGAUACAAUACGAUAUGGUAGGACUUUAUUUAUCCCAGCAGGGAAAUUGAUCUGUAAAGUGUCGCACUAUUGUUAGAAGCAAUCCAGCCUAGUGUCAGGCAAAGGGGGUUCUGUCAAAGUAGCAAACACACAAUGUUGGCCUCUGAAAUCAUUACCGUUUAUGGAAAAGUCAUAACUCAACACGGUGGCGCAGCGGUAGAGUUACUACCUCACAGCGCCAGAGACCCCAGUUCGAUCCCGACUACUGGUGUUGCCUGUAUGGAGUAUGUACGUUCUCCCCGUGACCUGCGUGUGUUUUCUCCGAGAUCUUUGGUUUCGAAACCUGCACUCCAAAGACGUACAUGUUUGAAGGUUAAUUGGCUUGGUGUAAAUGUAAAAUUGUCCCUAGUGUGUGCAGGAUAGUGUGAAUGUUUGGGGAUCGCUGGUCGGUGCAGACUCGUCGGGCCGAAGGGCCUGUUUCCAUGCUGUAUCUCUAAACUAAACUAAGACAGUCUUAGUUUAGAGAUGCAGCUUAGGAACUGGCCCUUGGAGCCCAACCAAACCACGCUGACCAGCGAUCAGCCGUUCACACCAGUUUUAUCCCUCGUCCCAGGGCAGAAUUUUACACAAGCCAAUUAACCUACAAACCUGGACAACUUUGGAAUGUGGGAGGGAAUUGGAGCACCCGAAGACCCACGCAGGUCACGGAGUGAAUGUACAAACUCCGUACAGACAGCACUUGGGGUCAGGAUCGAACCCGGGUCACUGGCACUGUACGGCAGGCGGCAACUCUACCGCUGCGCCACCAGCAAUUAAUGCCUUGGCCAUGAAUUCUCCUCUUAUGGUUGAUUUUGUUCGUAAAGUUGUCUGCAAUUAUUGAUCAUUAUCGGUUGAAUGACUAAAAAGAUAGGAAAGGGGUGAUCAGUGAUCGGUGUGGAGUCAGUGGGCUGAAGGGUAGGUUUCCAUGCAGUAGCUCCAAAUUCAAACCAAACAGCACAGCACAGGGACAGGCUCAUCAACCCACAAUAUCCAUGCCAUACAUCAUGCCAGGUUCAACUAAUCUCUAGUGCCUGCACCUGAUCCACAUGAGUAUAGAGAUUGGGAGAUCAUAUUGCAGUUGUAUAUGACCUAUAUAGGUGAGGCCGCAUUUAGUGUAUUGUAUUCAGUCUGGGUACCAUGCUAUGGGGAAGGUGGUGUCAAGCUGGAAAGGGUACAGAGAAGAUUUACCAGGACUAGAGGGUGUGAGCUAUAGGAAGAGGAUGAGUAGGCUGGGUCUCUAUUCCUUGGAGCGCAGGAGGAUGAAGGGUGAUCUUAUAGAAGGGGUAUGAAAUCAUUCGAGGAAUAGAUCGGGCAGACAGACGCACAGUGUUAUGCCCAGCGUAGGUGAAGUGAGGACCAGAGGACAUGGGUUCAAGAUGAAGGGGGAAAGAUUUAAUGGAGAUCUGAGGGGUAACUUUUUUGACACAAAGGAUGGUGGGUGUAUGGAACGAUCUGCCAAAGGAGGUAGUUAAGGCUGGGACUACCCCAAUGUUUAAGAAACAGUUUGACAGGUAUAUGGAUAGAACAGGUUUGGAGGGAUAUGGGCCAAACGUGGGCAGGAGGGACUAGUGUAGAUGGGACAUUGUUGGUCGGUGAGGACAAGUUGGGUUGAAGUGCUUGUUUACAUGCUGUAUCCUUAUAUUCCUCCAUUCUCUGCAUACCCAACUGCCUAUUCAAAAGCCUCUUAAAUGCGACAGUUGUAUUUAUGUGCCUCCAGCACUGCCCCAGGCAGUACAUUCCAAGCUCUCGUCACUCCAAACGCGGUCUAACCAAAGUCUUAUUGAGCUGCAUCAUGACUACCUGAAGAAGUCCCAAAACAACAUACUCAGGCCACAAGGAAUCACCACGAAAUCUCACCCUUGUCAUCAUUGUCUCUUCCCAAGUAUGUGGUUAAAACAUUAAGAAGUCAAGUGGAGCACCUGUUGAAGGAGGUUAUUUCCAUGCUUCAUAAGGUCAUAAAUGACAGGAACAGAAUUAGGCCUUUCGGCCCAUCUGGUCUAUUCCGCCAGUCAAUCACGGCUGAUCUAUCUCCCUCCUAACCCCAUUCUCCAUCCUUCUCCCCAUAACGCCUGACACCCAUACUAAUCAAAUGUGUGUUUGUAACUUUGCAUGUUUAGUUCUGUGUUCAACUGCAUGCAAUAUGCAAUCUGCACAUAUGUGUGGAAUGUGCCAUCAGUACAUAUGCAUGUGUGAGUGCACAAUAGUGUAUAUUGUAUGCAGUUGAUCACAGAACUGUAGCAUACAAAGCUACAAACACAUGCUUGAUUAGUACAGGUGUCAGGGGUGAUGGGGAGAAGGCAGGGAAUGGGGUUAGGAGGGAGAGAUAGAUCCACCAUGAUUGAAUGGCGGAGUAGACUGGAUGGGCCGAAUGGCCUAAUUCUGCCCCAUCACUUAUGACCUUAUGAUCACGCACAUACACACACACUCACACAC